AUAGCUUGUUUAUUAAUGCCCUGGAUAUGGCAAUUAUAUCCUUAGGAGAGGGGAGGGAUUCAGGCUAGCUGCAGGUGUGUUUUCUUGCCCAGUUCCUAAUUUGGUGGCAGACUGCUGCUUUUUGUCUAGUAUACUUUUGGUCCUAGGUGCUGCUGUGGCUCACCUCCAUGGGAAAUGCUCUCCACACUCUUGUUUCCAAAGUGGUUUUGGUGGCUGAGUUGCCUGCCAGCUUUCCUCCCUCCCUGAAAAUGCUGGUAAGAUUGGAAAAAAGUUGCCUUUGUGGCAAGCAGGGAUUGUCUUAGCAAGGAGGUCAAGAAGAGCAGGUGGGAAAUAGUGUAUUUGCAGGAAUCUAGUUAGCUUCAGUAGAUGCUCACAGCUGGGAGCUUACCUGGCCCACUUGUGCCCAAUGUGACACAGAGAUAGCUGGUCUGAAGGCUUGCUGGGGCUGCAUGGUGAGCACAGAGCCUCUUGAGCCUUGGCCAGGCACAUGGCAGGCACAGACACUCGGUGUGUUUGUCUGAGGAGUGUACCUGUGAGGUUUGUGUGCUUGUGGGCUUCCUGUGUGCCUUGUGUUUACCUUUCUCCUCCUUCUCCCACGCACAUCUGGCUAAGUGCAGUGUGACACUGGGGCCUGCCAGAUUGGUGUAACAUGCUUACUGCAUGCCUUUGAGGGAUGCUGGUGUGACAAACGUGGGUGGCUGUUUGCUGGGUGUGUGUAGCAAUGCACACGGGUCCUGCUGGAUGCACUUACCAUGGAACACAGGCACUUUCACUGAUUUUUAUGGCUGCAAUGAAGGUAGAGCAUGUAAGGAGUCAUGGGUAUGGCAAUUGUUCAGGGCAGAGCACAUAGAUGUUGUUGUGCAUGUUCAGUAUGUGAAGGGCACCUUAGGCUAGACAAGUUCCUCUCUGUCCCUUCCUUGCUUUGACCUGUCAGCAAGCAGAGAUAAACUCUGUCUCAUGGAAGGGUUUAUAGCUGAGUUUUCAGCUUGCUGUGUCUGAGCGUCCUCCUCUCUUGAGAACAGCAUAUUUAAGGUGCACCUGCUAUCACAAAUUGACACCCUUACACCCCCCAGCCUUUGUGCUUCAUCAUAAAGGUGGAGGAAGGAAGUGGGAGAGUUUGCUGAUGGAUAGAUGGGGCAAGCUGGGCCAGCAUUCAUUCCUAACGGCCGAUGAGACUUUAGGUGGGGUUAGUUGCUCUAAAAUGAGCCCUUUGUACAUUGUUGGAGUCUGUGACCCAAUCAGUGGGAUGUAGCUGGAGGAGGUGGUGCUAACGAAGACUGGUACAGCUGUCAGUAACUCUGGCAGAGAGGAGGGCGUACUGACUGGCACAAGAGAUGUCUUCAUGACUUUAGGUCAAGUGGAGGUGCCUCAAAGGGCUGGUUCAUGUUACCAGCCCUGACUACAGAAGCAGAAAAGUGUGGGUAGUUGUGCCCACGUGUUUUCUGCUACUGUCACCCAUCAGUUCUGCACAAAAGGUCAGGCUGAACUUCACUAGCACAAAAUGCCAUCAGGACACUACAAUGAAACAUUACAGUGGGAUCUGAAAUCUGGGGAAGGUAGGCAUGUGGGGCAGUGCCAUCUAGGGGGAUGUGGGGAGAGUCUUAAUAAUGCCUGCUGUUCCCAAUCCUGGCUGUGCUUGGAAAGGUGGUGACAUAUCUGCAGCGCACAUGUGAACCAUGCUGUCGAGUCAGUGAUGCAGGCUGGCCCUCAGGAGCCAUGACAGAGCUGCAUGGAGAGGUCAAACCUGGCACUGUGGGCAGUUUUGGGUUGGGUUUGGGGUGCUUUGAUAGCAUUAGGGGAGUUUCUGGCAGGAACUGGGCUGUGCCACAGCAGCAGUGCUGGGUGGGGUGCCAGGACCAGCUGCUUGUGCUGGGGGACCAGGGCAGAGUUGCUGUCACAGAGCUGGUGAGUUCCCCCUUCUCCAGGGGAAGGUAAAGAGAAAUGUGGUGUGCUGGAGUAGUGGAGUAGGAUUUACAAAAGCACUCUAUGUCUGCAUCCCUGUGGAAAAAACUCCAGCUGCGUAUCUGAGGAAGGCAGAAACAUGAUUUGUUUACCUUUUUUCGCACUUCUUUGUGUUCCUUGGCAUGGGGACCCUUUACUUCCCGAAGCUCUUCCCGAAGUACAGCAGGUACCUCCUGCUCUUCAGACCUCUGAACACCUGUAGCAUGGUGAGUGUAUUUUUGUGCUCAGAAACUGCUCAGUAUUGCUGAUAGGUGGAAGGGAGUGCAGCACUGCGCUUCAAGGUUUCAUCAGGCAGGCUGAAGGGAGCUGGCUGCCUUAGGAAUGGCAAGGGCUUGUUCUAGAGCUGGGUUUGGAAGCGAUUAUUACCUGUUUUAGGACAGCAAGAGUUAUGUGAGCUGCUCGCUGUAGAGGCCUUGGCCUUUUGUACCGAGAUAACCCCCCUAGCUGAACAGGCAGCUUGAUGACCUCAGUUAAGGUUCCUUGUUUCCCCACCAAGGGGAGUGCCCAGGUCUGUAUCUAAAUAGGCUUUUUCCAAAACAUCGGCCAUGGCUGCGGGGUAUGACCACACUGAGCAUUGCCAGAAGUUGUUUUCAGCUUGUAAUGCUCAAACCGCAAGCAAGAGGAGAGGUGGAUGUGGCUGACCAGAAGAGAGAAAGAAGCAGAAGGGGCUUCUCUUCUUUCUGAGGAUCAUCUCUGUCUUGCAUUUUGACAGAAUUUCUCUCCGAGGACCUUGAAGCAAUCCAUUAAGCUUCUUUUAAUUAGGUAAGCCCUUACCCAGAGUAGAAAGGUCUCUCGUAUUUCCCACACAGGGAAACUGAGGCAUGGAGCAAGGCUGUGCUGUGCCCGGUGGCAAAUGCAGGGGCUUGUCAGGAGAGCAGCAACCAAAGUGCCACGCUCCCUGUACUUGCUUUGCUGCUGACUGUCUUGGAAAUCCUGGGGAACAGCUGGUUGGGGUGCUGAGCCAGAGGUUAUCCAUAACUUUCUGGUCAUCACUUGGGUUCUGCAGCCCUUUUCACCACAGAUAUCACCUCCUUCUUCAUCUGCUGCCUAAUCUAUAAUCCCAGCUCCCUGCUGCUUUUCCCUCAGAGUCCUUCUCCCCUCGGUGUGUAAAUCUAUACAGGUUGGGCUGGGGUUAGCAGGCAGACUCAAACUCCAUGCUCUCUUCGAGGCUUGGGGGUAAUUUUUAUCUUGGGAUGUUGCUGCAUGUCUCCUGCAUGAGGGCGAAGCUGCGGCAGGCGGGUUUGGAGCACAGCUGAGGCACUGAUGCAAAUCAGCCCCGCUGCACAGCAGCUCGCAGCUGUGACACCUGGGAGCUAAGCACAGGUAUCCCCGGGCUCGGCGUGCGGAUGUGGACCUGGACAGACAGCCAGGCAGACAGCACGACAAAGAGUCCUGAAAGGGAGUCUCUCUCCUAGAUGCUGAGCCCUUUAAGAAGGGGAAGGUAGGCUAGAGCCGUGAGAUUUUAAGCUGGCUGUGCUGAGGCUGAAGAAAGGGCUACGGUAGUGCUUUCAGUUCUUCCUUCCUCUAACACAGACCCUUCUAGCUGGGCAGCAGGGAAAAGGAGGAGGAUGGAGGCCUGUGCAGGCUGAGCACGGACAGAUCUUGGAGGCUGCAGCAGCUAGGAAAGGAUGAAGAUGAGACGCCAUAAACUCUUUCUGACUCUCUGCAUGGCUGGUCUCUGCCUCAUCUCCUUCUUGCACUUCCUCAAGGCCCUUUCCUAUGUCACCUUCCCCAGGGAGCUGGCUUCACUUAGUCCCAACCUCGUCUCCAGCUUCUUCUGGAACAAUGCCCCCGUCACGCCUCAGGUCAGCCCUGAGCCAGGGGGUGCAGAGUUCCUGCGCACACCGCUGUACUCCCACUCCCCCUUGCUCCAGCCCCUGUCUCCCAGCAGAGCCAGCGAAGAGCUGCACAAGGUUGAGUUCGUGCUGCCAGAAGACUCAACGGAAUACUUUGUCCGUACCAAAGCCGGUGGCAUUUGCUUUAAGCCAGGCACCAAGGUGUUGGAGAAGCCACCCGUGGGAGGCCGGCAGGAGGAGCGAGCGGAUGGCGCGGCCUCGGGGCGGCCGGCUCGGAAGCCGCUGAGCGCCGGCGGAGCCAAGCGGCGCAAGUGGGUGGAAUGCGUGUGUCUGCCGGGCUGGCACGGCCCCAGCUGUGGGGUCCCCACCGUGGUCCAGUACUCCAACCUGCCCACCAAGGACCGCCUCGUGCCCCGGGAGGUCCCCCGGCGGGUAAUCAAUGCCAUCAACGUCAACCACGAGUUCGACCUGCUGGAUGUCCGCUUCCAUGAGCUGGGAGACGUGGUGGAUGCUUUUGUGGUGUGCGAGUCCAACUUCACAGCCUACGGAGAGCCGCGGCCCCUCAAGUUCCGCGAGAUGCUCCUCAACGGCUCCUUUGACUACAUCCGCCACAAGGUGCUCUACGUUUUCCUGGACCACUUCCCGCCCGGUGGCCGCCAGGACGGCUGGAUCGCUGACGAUUACCUGCGCACCUUCCUCACCCGGGACGGCAUCUCCCGCCUCCGCAACCUGCGCCCAGACGACGUCUUCAUCAUCGAUGACGCUGAUGAGAUCCCAGCCCGUGAUGGCGUGCUCUUCCUCAAGCUCUACAACGGCUGGACAGAGCCCUUCGCCUUUCACAUGCGCAAGUCGCUCUAUGGCUUCUUCUGGAAGCAACCGGGCACCUUGGAGGUGGUCUCGGGCUGCACCAUGGGCAUGCUGCAGGCCGUCUAUGCCACCGACGGGAUACGUUUGCGACGCCGUGAUUACUACACCAUGCCUGGGUUUCGGCAGUACGAGAACAGCACGGGACACAUCCUGGUGCAGUGGUCGCUGGGCAGCCCCCUCCACUUUGCUGGCUGGCACUGCUCCUGGUGUUUCACCCCAGAGGGGAUCUACUUCAAACUGGUGUCAGCCCAGAACGGGGACUUUCCCCGCUGGGGUGACUACGAGGAUAAACGAGACCUCAAUUAUAUCCGGGAGCUGAUCCGGACUGGUGGCUGGUUUGAUGGUACAAUGCAGGAGUACCCCCCUGCUGACCCCAAGGAGCAGAUGUAUGCUCCCAAGUACCUGCUCAAGAACUACCAGCGGUUCCGCUACUUGUUGGAGAACCCCUACCGAAAGGCGGAGGGUGCUGGGUGAGGCCACCGGGUGGGAAAUCGGAACUUCACAACAAAGGGAAAGAGUCGGGUGUUUUCGUCUGUUCCUUUUCUUCUUUUGUUUCCUUUGUUUAUGGGCAGGGUGUGCUGUUUUUGUGGGGUCUCUGCCCUCCCUCACUUCCUGUUCUUCUUCCCUUCAUCCCAGGGUGAUGCCUGGGAACCCAAAUUCCUCAGUCACGUGAAGGGAGACCUGCACAGGAGGAAGAGAGAUGGUGACGACCCGCUCUGUAGUAGCAUAAAGACUUCCUUCCAUCUUCUGAGCCUCUCCUGCUGGCUGGAGAGACUCUCUGCAGCCAGCUGGCAGAUUUUCCUCUGGGGGAGGCUGAGAGGAUCCCAUGGGGAGAGAGGGCAGCUGUUCCCAUCCACCCUCAUCCUUUGUGGAUUGGAGCAAGCAUAGAUGCAAGCCUGGGCCGUUUAGCGAGCAUGUGAGUCAGCAGGCACAAACUCUUGUGAGUGGUUGUGUGUGCAGAUGUGUGUCACUGGCAUUUUUUGGAUGAGUGAAUGUGCAAAAGCAUCUCAGUAUGUGUCUUCUUUUUUUUUUUUUUUUUUUUUUUUUAAAUACUGCUCUAUUCAAAGAGUACUUUGGGGAAGGGGAAUCCUUUGCUUCCAAGGUGUCCUUCUCAAGAUGCAGCCCCUUGCACAGGCUUAAUGCAUUCUGUCCUGGGCUGGAUCUUGCCCCAGUACUCUACCAAUCCUGGAGCAGAUAGCUAGGAAGCAGAGGAGAAAGCUGGGUUGGAGGGUUUUUUCUACUCAUUUUUCCCCCUGCCCCCACAACACUGCAUGGACUUGUCCUACAGAAGCCAAAGUAUCUUCCCUGCAGUACAUGCUUCUGGUGGGGCUGGGAUAAGCUGUGGGGGACUCAGUCAGAUGGUGGGAGUGUAUGUUUGCAAGUGCAUGGUUGCCUGUGUGCAUGAGUGCUCACAUGCAUGGGUUUGGUGUGCACCUGGGUGUUUAUUACCAGUACGGGGGGGGGAGGAGGACAUAGUGGGGCUUGGCUGUGUGUACUUGCAGGGAAUGGUGGGAUCCAGAAGCUGUGAUCUCAGUGUUGGCAUGGAUGAUUUCUUGGGCAAUUUAUAGGAGAGGAGCAGGGCUAGCAUUGGCUCUGCAUAGCAGUGCUACACUUGUGGGACCGUUGCAUGCCUCUCUGCCUGCCUCUAGAGCCCCACAGGCUGUGCCUGGAGCAGGGCUGCUGCUUACAUGUGCUGGCUACUCCUUACCAUGGGGUAAUAAAGGGGAGAAGAGGAAGGGUAAAAUUCCGAUUGUUGUGCACAAACAAAGCCUGUCAAGGCACGGGUCUAUCUGUCUGCCCUUAGGGUGUGAGGGGGCUUGUGAAGAAACAAGCCAUGGGCCAAUUCUUCCUCGGGUCAAGAGGCUGUUUGGGGACCACAGUGCAAUCCAGAGCGUGUGCAGCCCACAUCUGCAGCCUGGGCCAUGCAGACAAGACCAUGGAGAGGAGAAGGGGUUUAGGAGUGCGCUACUUGCAGCUGGUUGGGCUGGUGUCUGCUCAGGCAUGGGCAGUGAGGAUCUGGCCUGCUGUUGUAUUGGAUUGUUCAGCUCACUGAGGAGGCAGAUUCUUGUCUCCACCCUUACCACCACCCUUCCUUAGCAGAUGGCUUGACAGGGUGCCCAGAGCCUGGGUCGUAGUGGGCAGAGGGUGAAAAUCAUAAUGAACUUGCUCUCUUAGCCUUGCAGUGGAAAGACUGACUCAUGUUCCAAGCAGAAAUCCUGGAGGAGGAUAAAGAGGAAGGCGUUGGCACAAAGAAGUGUUGCCCUUCUGGCCAGCUGUUCUAAAGCAGGAGGGUUUUCAUUGGCCCUAACUCCAUCAGAGUUCCAUGGUCCUGUGUUGCCCAGCAUGUGUCCACCCUUGUGCUUCAUUCCUACCUGUGUCUCUCUCUUUUUUUCCUUCCUAGUCCCCCCUCUAGGGAAGAGAAAAUUAUCAACAAAACCAACUUGCUUGCCUAUUAAGUCAGAGACUCUAAUAAAAAGAAGAUGAAUGUCUUUUUCUGAUCAAAUGGAGAUGCAGUUCACCUUAGCUCCUCCCACAUGUUGUGUGCCAUAAUGCCUCCUUAGAAGAACUGAAGGAACCUUUUUUGUUAUCACUUUUGGUUUCCUUAAAAUCACUGUUCUCAGUUCUGUUGUGUCUUCCCCACAGGCAGAGAAGCCCCUUUGGGAACUGGGUAGACAGACAAACUUUGCUAGGAGAAUGCUUCUUCCCCAAAAGGAAGUUGUUGCUUUUUUUAAGUCCAGACUUGUUGAUGUAGCAGGAGGAACUCCUGUCACUGGUGCUGAGCAACUGUGUGGAGGUCUUAGGUAUAGAGAGAUGGUAGAGAAAUGGGGUCCCAGCUGAGAAAGGAGGAGCCUGUAUUGAGCAGGAUGAAAGCCACAGCACUGAGGAUGCAGCAUGGGGAGAAGAUGCUUUCCCCAGGGACAGCUGGAGGAGAGCAGGUGUGUUAGCGCGUGCAAUUCAGCAGCAGCACAGUAUCGGAGGAAGAAGCCAUUUCUCAUUUUUACUCUGAGGAGAGAGCCUGAGGUGUGCUCUAGGACCUUUUGGCUUUGCUUUGGCUCAGUGAUGAUAACACAAGGUCAUUGCCAGGCUUUGCUGGAGACAGAGGAGAAAGACAAGCCAGUCUUUGCAUGGGUGUUUUGGCAGCACCAGAGCCCCACUUCAGCAGGAGCUGAAGUUCACGUGUGCUGGGGCUGCACCUCCUUAUGUCCCACAGUGGGAGCCGCCUUUCCUCUGAUAUCAGCCCUUCCCAUGCACGGCCAUCCUUGGGGAAUUUUAGUGCACAGCAGUCACGUCUUCAGUGUUGAGGUGUGGCCCUUGUUUUCUUGUGAGUUUAGUAAGCCCACAGCUGCAGUAUCUGCUUCUCCCAUUCCUGAACUACAGCCUGUUGCUUUCUCUCCUCCAUUACUUGCUCUACCAUUCUUCUCCUCUCUCUCUGAUUUGUCGCUCCCUUCUGCUCCCUUGGGCUGGAGAAGAAGAUGUUGCUGGAAAAGGAAUGCUGGGGCUCUUGUGCAGAACUCCUGCCCUGCCUGCCUCCUGGACUUACUCACUUCCUUAUUCUUAGGAAAUUAAAUUGAAACCAGACUUCUGUUGUAGUGGGAGGAAGGGGCUUUACAGAUGAAAUGCGUUCUUUAUUGUUUCUCUUUCUCAAGAAUUGUUUAAGCAUUUUUUGAUUUAAGGCCAAACCAGUCAAUGUUUGUCUAAUUUGUCUGGCUAACUCUGUGUUUAUUAUCCUUAGGGAGCUAGAGUGCUUGUCAUUAAAAAUCUUCCUUCUUGUCCCUGGAGGGAACAGUCACUACUAAGCUGGCUUUCACACGGUGAUUUUCCAAGGUGGUGGCUUGCCCUCUGCUCAGCCUUGCCUGUGCUGCCUGCUGGGACCUCUGCAGCCAGCUCCAGGUGGGCUGCCACAAGAGGGAAGUCAAAAGUAAGUGUGUGUGUGAGGUGGUGAGAGAGGCAAAGCAGGAGGCAGGUUUGUGUCAGAUCCUUGUUUCCCAGUGCUGUACUCUGAGGUGAGCACUGAAGCUCCUUCAUUUUAUCUGAACCAAGUUCUGAGAUUUGAGAAGGGAAAGACCAAGAACCUUGUCCUGGCACUGAGGUGGAGCUGGGAUCAGACUAUCAGAGCCUGAUGACUGUGGGUUGUUGCAGCCCAUGGGGGCAGUGGGCAGUGAAUCCUGCUGUCUCUCUUGGAGGCAAUACAUCACCAGCCUUUUUCUGCAGCCCUUUUCAGCCUUGUGCUUUUCAUUCCCAAAGCCUUUUUUACCUUCAAAUUGGUAAAAGUGGGGCCGGGAAAUAGGUGAAGCAGCGUGUGGCACGCUCAAGCCUUGCACUUGUUUCUGUCUUUGUGCUUCCCACCUAGAAAGAGAUUGUGUGCCUGUGCAUGGCUUUGGAUUGGAGAAUGCCUCUUCCUCUUUUGCCCCAAGGGAAAGAAAGGACAUGGGCUUUGGUGCACCUGCAGCAGGUGAGCUUGCUAAAGCAGAGGGAGUGUAGGGCAGGUUAGACCUAUUUGCCCAUCUGGGGGUAAUGGCACACCCAAGUGACAGAAAAGACACGGUGACUUUGUGCCUGUGGUCGGUACAGAGAAUGACAUGCUCAAGCCCACUCUUGCUGUUUCUUUCUCUGAUCCCUGUGUCCUGCUGAGGUGUUGUGGUUGUGCUGCCCAGGCCAACCUACUCUGUGUCUCUGUGACAGGUAAACAAGGAAACAGCUGGCAUGGAGGGAGAGUGUCAGAGCAGAAUGGGUGUUCAUUCCCUUUUGCCUGACUUGCUGUUUCCUUGUGGGAUGGUGUCUCUUCCCCUCCUCAGUGUCCCUGGGGCUGUGUCCCUGUGUCCCAGCUCCUGCCAGCAAUCUCUGUGGCUGCUAUGCCGCUGCACUGUGAAGACGCUGUCCAGGGUCGCUCCUGGUUCCAUUGGUGAACACUGGUGGUGGAGAGGGAAGGGAUGGCUCGUUCUGGCUUCACUGACCUCUAACCUUGCUGAGAAAGGAGGGAAGUGAGUGGGAGAAUGGAUCCUGUAUCCCUCCAUCAUUGUGUUCUCCCUACCCUCCCUAAUCCCCUGAUUUCUGAGAUAUUGGACAAGCUCACUCCUGUUAUGGAAAGGGAAGGGGAGCUGGAGGGUAAGGGAGUGGCAGGAGGGGCUCAGAUCCAGCAUUGAGAAAGAACUGUUUCUAAUGCAAUACACUGACAUUUUAAAGCUUUGAGCACUACAGGUAAUGGAUUAAGAAGGGAUCUGAAAUACUCUAAGAAUUCAAACAGCUGUUUUUUCCUGCCUGUGCGGAUGAUGAUGCAGUAUCAUCCUGGAGGUGGUCCAGCAGCACUUCUGAGCCUGGGGUCCACCUGGACCUACUGCUGGUGCUGCUCCUGGAGGGGCUCCAGGACACCCUGCUUUGGAAAAAGAAUGCGUGGACUUGCCAAAAACUAAAAAGAAAAGAAAAAAUAAGAGCAUCUGCAAAGCUCCUUUCAACUCUGUAAUUUAUAAACAGCAAGUAAUAAUGAACUUUUUGUAAGGAUAAAUCAAAUGUACAUUCUGAAAUCAUUUUCUCUGUAAAUGGUUGGAUUUCACUUCACCCUUAAAGGGAUGCUUAAAAGGAGGAAAUAAAAAUAAAAAAUUAAAAAAAUUUACAAAGUAUGAAAAGAAA